UUUUCCUCAGAUGGAGUUUCUGGACGUGAACAGCUCUUUGCUCAGCAAAGAAUGCACAGUAUGAUCAGCUCAGUGGAUGUAAAGUCAGAGGUUCCUGUGGGAUUGGAGCCCAUCACCCCACUGGACUUGCGAACAGAUCUCAGGAUGAUGGUUCCCAUUGUGGACCCAAUUAUGCGUGAAAAGCAGCUCCAGCAGGAGCUACUUCUGAUCCAGCAGCAGCAGCAAAUUCAGAAACAACUUCUGAUUGCGGAGUUUCAGAAACAGCAUGAAAACUUGACCCGACAGCACCAGGCCCAGCUCCAGGAGCACAUCAAGGAACUCCUCGCCAUUAAACAACAGCAAGAACUCCUUGAAAAGGAGCAGAAACUGGAGCAGCAGAGGCAAGAGCAGGAGCUAGAGAGACAUCGCAGGGAACAGCAACUUCCUCCCCUCAGAGGCAAAGAAAGAGGCCGAGAAAGGGCAGUGGCAAGCACAGAAGUGAAGCAGAAACUUCAAGAGUUCCUGUUGAGUAAAUCAGCAACAAAAGACUCUCCAACUAAUGGGAAGAAUCAUUCCUCGAGCCGCCACCCCAAGCUCUGGUACACGGCUGCCCACCAUACCUCACUGGAUCAAAGCUCUCCACCCCUGAGUGGGGCCUCUCCGUCAUACAAAUACACUUUACCAGGAGCACAGGAUGCCAAGGAUGAUUUUCCACUUCGAAAAACUGCCUCGGAGCCCAACUUGAAGGUGCGUUCCAGGUUAAAACAGAAGGUGACAGAAAGGAGAAGCAGCCCCUUACUCAGGCGGAAGGAUGGAAAUGUUGUCAGUUCAUUCAAGAAGAGACUGUUUGAAGUGACAGAGUCGUCAGUUAGUAGCAGUUCUCCAGGAACAGGGCCCAGCUCACCAAGCAACGGCCCUACUGGAAGUGUGACAGAAAAUGAAACCUCACUUUUGCCAUCUAAUUCUCAAGCUGAGCACUUGGUUUCACAACAACGUAUUCUGAUUCAUGAAGAAUCGAUGAACCUGUUGAGUUUGUAUACGUCUCCUUCUUUGCCCAACAUUACCUUGGGACUUCCAGCGGUACAAUCCCAGCUCAGUGCUUCAUCUUCACUCAAAGAAAAACAGAAGUGUGAGACCCAGACACUGAGGCAGGGAGUGGCUCUUCCUGGACUGUAUGGGGGAAACAUGCCUCCCUCAUCAGCUCAGCCUCAUAUUGCUCUAGAGGGAAAACCUAACAGUAGCCAUCAGGCUCUCCUGCAACAUUUGUUACUGAAGGAGCAAAUGAGACAGCAAAAGCUUCUUGUGACUGGAGGGGUUCCUCUCCAUCCACAGUCUCCAUUAGCAUCAAAGGAGAGAGUCUCACCAGGCGUCAGAGUUGCCCACAAGUUGCCUCGUCAUAGGCCCCUGAAUCGAACCCAGUCAGCUCCACUGCCUCAGAGCACUUUGGCCCAGCUGGUCAUUCAGCAGCAGCACCAGCAGUUCCUGGAGAAGCAGAAACAGUACCAGCAACAGAUUCACAUGAACAAAAUGCUCUCUAAAUCCAUUGAACAGCUAAAGCAGCCUGGCAAUCAUCUAGAAGAAGCUGAAGAAGAGCUUCAUGGAGAUCAUGCUAUGCAGGAAGAAAGAGCUCCCUCUAGUGGUAACAGCAUUAGGGAUGACAGCUGCAGCAUUUGUGUGGAUGACAGAAUAGGACAGCAUGUGGGGGCUGUGAAAGUGAAAGAGGAGCCACUGGACACUGAUGACGAUAAUCAAACCCAGCAAAUGGAAUCUGGGGAGCAGGCUGCUUUUAUGCAACAGCAGAUCCUGGAGCAUCAGCGUAUCCACCAGUUGCAAAUGUACCAGGCUCAGAUGGCUACAGUUGGCAUGGCAGGAUUAGAUAAACAUCGGCCUGUUUCCAGGACCCAGUCUUCCCCUGCUGCUUCCACAUUACCUCAUCCAGCAAUGGACCGGCCCAUCCAGCCUGUCUACAUGACUGGUGUUGUCUAUGACAGUCUAAUGCUGAAGCACCAAUGCAUGUGUGGCAACUACGCCAAUCAUCCUGAGCAUGCUGGAAGAAUACAAAGCAUCUGGUCGAGGCUGCAAGAAACGGGGUUGCUAAACAAGUGCGAGCGAAUUCGAGGUCGAAAAGCCAGUCUGGAGGAAAUACAGCUGGUUCACUCUGAACAUCAUUCACUGCUAUAUGGCACCAGCCCCCUGAACAGACAGAAGCUGGACCCCAGGAAACUCCUAGGCAGCGUGUCUCAAAAAAUCUUUUCCUUGUUGCCUUGUGGGGGACUUGGGGUGGACAGUGACACCAUUUGGAAUGAGCUGCAUUCGUCCGGCGCUGCACGCAUGGCUGUUGGCUGUGUCAUCGAACUGGCUUCCAAAGUAGCCUCUGGAGAGCUGAAGAAUGGUUUUGCUGUUGUAAGGCCCCCAGGCCAUCAUGCUGAAGAAUCAACAGCCAUGGGGUUCUGCUUUUUUAAUUCGGUUGCAAUUACUGCCAAAUACUUGAGAGACAAGCUAAAUAUAGGCAAGAUAUUGAUUGUAGAUCUGGAUGUUCACCAUGGCAAUGGUACACAGCAGGCUUUUUAUGCUGACCCCAGCAUCCUGUAUAUUUCCCUCCAUCGCUAUGAUGAAGGCAACUUCUUCCCUGGCAGUGGAGCCCCAAAUGAGGUUGGAAGAGGCCUUGGCAAAGGAUAUAAUGUAAAUAUUGCUUGGACAGGUGGCUUGGAUCCCCCCAUGGGAGAUGUAGAGUACCUAACAGCAUUCAGGACUGUGAUUAUGCCAAUUGCCAAUGAGUUUGAUCCGGACAUUGUCCUAGUAUCAGCUGGAUUUGAUGCUGUGGAAGGCCACGAUGCUCCAUUAGGCGGGUACAAAGUCACAGCUAAAUGUUUUGGUCACCUAACGAAGCAGUUGCUGAAGCUAGCAGCUGGCCGUGUGGUGCUGGCACUGGAGGGAGGACAUGACCUUACUGCCAUCUGUGAUGCAUCUGAAGCCUGUGUAAAUGCCCUUCUAGGAAAUGAGCUGGAGCCUCUCCCAGAAGAUAUGCUGCACCAAACCCCUAAUAUGAAUGCAAUGGCUUCUUUACAAAAGGCCACUGAAAUUCAAAGCAAGUACUGGAAGUCAGUGAAGCCGUAUCCUGUGCUAGUGGGUUGUGCUCUGGCUGAGACUCAGAAACAAGAGAGGGAGGAGACGGAGACUGUCUCUGCUAUGGCCUCACUGUCAGUGGAUGUUGAACAGUCUUUUUCUCAGGAAGACAGCAGAGCUGCUGGCGAGCCCAUGGAAGAAGAGCCAGCCUUGUGAAGUGCCAAGUCCUCCCUGAUAUUUCCUGUGU